ACAAGAAAACAACCACAUGUUCCAGUGUACCUGCUUCAUGUAGACAAGUCAAUCAGGUGUUUAUUUAAACUCCAGGUUUUCUGUACGGAGUCUGGCGGCGGAAACAAGAUGGCGGACGUUAUCAAACUGCCGAACACUGAGGAAAAGAAACGGGCUCGGAAGAGAACCCGACCGGAGAAGAUCGACCGAGAGAAAGAGGAGCAGCUUCGGCAGCAGAACGUGAAGAAGCUGGCGGUUCUGGGAGAGGAGGACGAGUCAGUGAUGCGGCUGGAGACUCUCGUGUUCGGGACGGAGGACGAGCUGCUGGAGAGGCUCGUGGAGCCGGAGGAGGAGGAGGAGCAGACAGGAGGCCUGCUGCUGGAGGAGGACCUGGAGCAGUCCGAGGAUGAAGAAGAGGAGACUCCACAUCAUCAGGAGCUGCAGACCAGAAAGGCUGCCUGGGUGGACGAGGACGACGAGCUCCACGAGGAGGUGGACAUGACGCAUCGUUACCGUAGAAACCUGAUCAAAGGACAGGCGGAGUCCACCAUGUCCAAACAGAAACUACAGCAGAGGAUGAGAGAUCAGUUCCAGAAGUCAAUGGGAGGGGCUCCAUCGUGGGCAGAGCCCAGCAGUGAGAAGAAGAAGAAGAAGAAAGCAGCUGAUGAAGAGGAGGAGGAAGACGAUGAAGAGGAGGAAGAUGACCUCCUGAGGAGGACGGGGAACUUUGUUGCGUCUUCAGAAAAUCUUCCCAGCAGCAUCCUGAGGAUGAAGAAGUGUCUUCACGCCAACAGCGCCCAUCCCUCAGAGGACCGGCUGACCACAGUGCAGUUCCACCCUUCUGCUCAGGUGGUCAUGACAGCCGGACUGGACCAGUCCAUCUCCCUGUUCCAGGUCGACGGAAAGACAAACCCAAAGAUUCAGAGCAUCCACCUGGAGCGGUUCCCCGUUCACAAGGCCCGGUUCAGCCGAGAUGGCGAGACGGUGAUCGCCACCAGCCUGAGGAACAAGCUGUUCUACCUGUACGACAUGAUGGAGGGCCGGGUGGUGCCGGUCAGCUCUGUCAGAGGUCUGAAUGAAGCCCGUGUAAAGGAGUUCUGCGUGUGUCCUGAUGGGGGCGCUCUUCUGCUGAGCGGCACCAAUGGCUACCUGCACCUCCUCACCCUGAAGACUAACGAGGUCGUUCGCAGCAUGAAGAUUAACGGGGACAUCAGCGGCGUCGCUUUUUCUCAUGACGGCAGCAGAGUUUUUGUAAACUCAGAGGCCGGCGAGGUGUUUGUGUGGGACGUGCGCAGCAGUCGGUGUGUCAACAGGUUUACAGACGACGGCUGCGUUAAGGGGACGUCCAUUGCUGCCUCACCAAACGGACGUUACCUGGCCUGUGGCUCUCAGUCGGGCGUGGUCAAUGUCUACUCCCAGGAGGCGUGUCUUAACUCGACCAAUCCGAAGCCUCUGAAGGCAGUGAUGAACCUGCUGACCUCAGCCACAUCGCUGGCCUUUAACCCCUCCUCUGAGAUCCUUGCCAUCGCCUCACGGGUCGAAGACGAGGCUGUUCGGCUGCUUCACAUGAAGAGCCUCACUGUGUUCUCCAACUUCCCCGUCUCAAAGAGAAAGAUCACUUAUCGGACCAGCUGCCUCGACUUCUCGCCACACAGCGGCUUCUUCUCAUUGGCUAACAACAAAGGCCACGCCCCCCUCUACAGGUUGCUGCACUACAAGGAUUUCUGAGGAGGACAGAACUUUCAGUCAGAUCCAGAUGUUUAGCAGAACCGCAGCAGGAAGUGGACCUGGUGGAAGAACGUCUGUGGAACUGGACCUGGUGCUGGGAUCCGUUGAACAGAACUCGAGCAGAACCACAUUGUUCUGUUUUCAGUCUGCAGAACCAGCAAACAUCAGCUCGGGUCCAGAGCGGGUUCAGUCCAUGAAUCAGCCGUUUAUUUUUUUUAAA